AUGUACAGGGGUGGAGAUUCCACUGCUAUAAGUAGUAAACCAGUGCUGGCAUCCACCACUAUCACUGUUACUAGCAAUGACAAGGACAAUGCCAAUGCCAAUGCCAAUAUUCAGCAACUGAUCCAAGUUGUGGAUGUGGUCCAACUUCGACCACUCUGGAAAUGGACACUACGACUGCUGGCUGUCUUUGCCGUUUUAUCUUUCUGGGAAGCAUACACCACAGUGGGACUCCCUUUUGCACAAGCUAUCUGGGAAUUAUUGCAUUCGGAUAAUAGUAUGCAGAAAAUGCCAGAUGACUACUUACCAUCAUCACAAGAUAUACGCAUUGCCAGGACUUUGGCAGCUGCGGGACAAGCUACUUUGCCCAACCAGGAUCUACCAUCUUUACCAGAUACUCUCAUGGCUGUUCUAAGUCUCGGCCUGUACAUCAUCCUGCACUUUCUGGCGCCAACGUGGCUCAAACUCAACCUGGCAUACAAACCACUCUCUCCUCAGCACGCCACAACCAAAGGAAACACCAAAAGCCUUCUACUAGAAGCACUACAACAACAGCAACAACCUGCAAGAGACAUCGCUGUACUUGUCAGAGUCCAAACGAUACCGAAGAAGGGUGGAGAAGGGGGAAGACUAUACACGAGCAUUCGUACACUCUCCGAAAUGAAAACAGGAGAGCAAACGGACAGCCAGAAGGGUGGCACAAAGAAAAAGAAAAAUAUGGCAACGCCCACUUUUACCUUCCAGAUAGGCCCACAAAGCUUUCAAUGGAAUCCAUCCAACGACAAACUGAUACCUGUAGCCGUGACCACGACCGUGGAUUCCAAGAAGUAA